AUGGAGCAGCCUUCGAAAGCUGAAAUGGGUUUCGAGAUUGGUGGCGCCGACCUUCUCGCCGUAAAUGCCGAUGGAAAUAUGCCUUACGACAUCUGCGAAGACGACUCCACUCUCGACCUCAUCGAAAGCGGAAUGGCAAGCCGAGGCAUAACUCAGGAGGACAUCGACGAGAAGCGGCGUGUGCCUGAGCGCGAAAUGCUUGCGGCAAUGGAGCGCUUAAUUAAGAACUCCGGUGACAUA